ACACGUUAGUUCUUAUGAGCACUUUCUUCCGUUUGCAUAUCAUGCCGUACUAUGCAGUUCGGAGUGGACGGAUUCCCGGUAUAUAUAAGACUUGGGAUGAAUGUAAAGCACAAGUCAAUGGAUUCCCAAAGGCCAGAUACAAAAAGUUCAACACUGAUGCAGAGGCCACCGAUUUUGUAAAAGAUACAAAUGGUGAUUCCAGAAAUAUCUCAUCUGCAAGUGGGUACACCCAGCAACAGAACAAAUAUAAGAAUAAGACAUCUGCAGCUUCCAGUAACAGACUGCCCAUGAAGAAAGUUUCCCUAUCAAAUAAAAGUGAAGGAUUUGAUAACACAGACUUUGAAGGUGACAUGAAAAAUGCAUACAAGAUUGAGUACACAAAAACUGUGUACAUGCAACCUCCAAGGUCACAAGGGGCACAUUCAAGGCCAAGGGGUGCACAUUCAAGGUCAAGGGGUGCACAUUCACAGGGUGCACAGUCAAGGUCAAAAAGUACAUUGUCACGGUCACAUAAUGCAUCCAACAGAAAUGAAAAUGGUACAGGGGAUGGUGUAGUGGUGUAUACAGAUGGUGGUUGCACUAACAACGGUCAGGCGGGAGCUCAGGCUGGUAUAGGGGUGUACUGGGGACCAGACGACCCUAGGAAUGUUAGCGAGCGUCUUCCAGGGAGACAGACAAACAAUAGAGCAGAAAUACAUGCAGCCUGUCGAGCAAUAGAGCAGGCCAAGGCACAAGGCAUGCCCAGCAUUACCAUCAAAACUGACAGUCAGUUCCUCAUCAACGCUGCAACAAAAUGGAUGUCAGGCUGGCAGAGAAAUGAUUGGAAGCUUUCCAGUGGUGGGCCUGUUAAAAACAAGGAGGAUUUUCUUCACUUGAAACACGUUUCUGACGGGAUCAAUAUUGAAUGGAUUCAUGUACGGGGACAUGUGGGUAUCUUAGGGAAUGAGGCAGCAGACAGUCUUGCUAAUGAAGGGGCUUGUAAACCACUGCCUUGAUCUAAGUCUUUACCUC